AGAACCCUGAACAAAACAUCAAUUGCAAGAAAUCCCAUUCCUAAUUAUUGAAGCAAUGCUUUUAUGGAAACCACGAUUUAAAGUGUUGGAAUUUUGUUUCAUGCAUUUCAUCAAACACGCAACGUACCCAUAAACAUACUCUUCAUUCUCUUUAUUCAACGUACCUACCUAAUAUACAAAUUAUUGCAAUACAUGCUUGAAUUGAAAGAUGAAGUUAGGGAAGUUGGGAUUCACAGUGCUGUUACUCCUCUUGAGCUGCUCUGCUUGUUCAGCUUGGUUUGGUAAUAAACACAAAAGUUCUACUGGAAAUGGAAGGAACUCCAUUCUUCCAGAUGAAGCCUCAUCAUCAUCAUCAUCAUCAUUCCUAAACCGUUUUCAUGGUGGCUCAUCCAUCGUGUUCCCGGUUCAUGGCAAUGUUUACCCUGUUGGGUUUUAUAAUGUUACUCUCAACAUUGGCCACCCACCCAGGCCUUAUUUUCUUGAUAUUGACACGGGUAGCGACCUCACAUGGCUUCAAUGUGAUGCCCCUUGUUCCCGCUGUACUCAGACACCACAUCCACUUUACAGGCCCAGCAAUGACUUAGUUCCCUGCAAGCAUCCCCUGUGUGCAUCCUUACACCAGACCGAUGACUACGAAUGUGAAGUACCACAUCAGUGUGACUAUGAAGUUGAGUAUGCAGAUCAUUACUCUUCCCUUGGUGUACUUGUCAAUGAUGUUUACCUUCUCAACUUUACAAAUGGAAUCCAACUCAAAGUUCGUAUGGCACUUGGAUGUGGAUAUGAUCAGGUUUUUCCAGAUUCUUCUUACCACCCCCUAGAUGGAAUGCUUGGCAUUGGAAGGGGAAAAUCCAGCUUGAUAUCACAGCUGAAUAGUCAGGGUCUGGUGCGAUAUGUAGUUGGACACUGCUUGAGUUCACAAGGAGGAGGUUAUAUCUUCUUUGGAGAUAUUUAUGAUUCUUCUCGACUGACCUGGACUCCAAUGUCAUCCAGAGAUUACAAACAUUACUCAGCUGGGGCAGCUGAACUCAUUUUUGGAGGGAAGAGGACUGGGGUUGGAAAUCUUCUUGCUACUUUUGACACUGGGAGUUCUUACACUUACUUCAACUCCAAGGCUUACCAAGCAAUAAUAUCUUUGUUAAAGAAGGAUCUAGCUGGAAAGCCCAUAAAAGAAGCACCUGAUGACCGAACUGUCCCUCUAUGUUGGCAUGGUAAAAGACCUUUCAGAAGCAUAUAUGAAGUCAGAAAAUACUUCAAGCCUAUGGCGCUUAGUUUCACCAGCAGUGGGAGAAGUAAAGCUCAGUUUGAAAUCCCUCCUGAAGCAUAUCUGAUAAUAUCAAACAUGGGAAAUGUUUGCUUGGGCAUUCUAAACGGUUCUGAAGUAGGGAUGGGGGAACUGAACCUAAUCGGAGACAUAUCCAUGCAAGACAAAGCGAUGGUAUUUGACAAUGAAAAACAGUUGAUUGGUUGGGUACCGGCAGAUUGUGGCCGGGUUCCAAAAUCUAGAGAUGCCAGCAUUUGAUCACUAAACAUAUCUCGUUCACUCAGUUUAUAUCUUUAUUAUUUCAUCAGAUAGUAGCUAACUAGCUAUUGUCCUACUUUAUAGAACAGGGUGAUUGUAUUGUAAUAUAUGAAUAUUAAUCUGUUUCACUGUUUGUGAAGA